UUGGAACAUAACAUUAACUCGUCAAACCACCAUGGAAGGACGAGUUUUCUCUGCUCAGAACCCUACUUAUCUUCUUCUUCUCCUUCAUAUUUUCCUGCUUGCUUUGCUUCCAUUCAAAGCCAUUUCAUCACCAAAAACACAGGCAGAAGCUUUGCUAAGUUGGAAGAACACCUUUGAUUUUUCUUAUGCACCAUCUUCUCUCCCUUCAUGGUCCCUCACUAACCUCAACAAUCUUUGCAACUGGACUGCCAUUGUUUGUGACCACAGCAGCACACAAGUUUCCCAAAUUGACCUCUCCUACUUCGACAUCUAUGCAACACUAACCCAUUUCAACUUCACCCCAUUUCUCAAUCUCACCCAAUUCAACCUAUCUGGCAACAAUUUCACAGGACCUAUACCAUCAGCCAUUGGCAACCUCUCCAAGCUCACAACUUUGGACUUGGGCCACAACUUCUUCAGUGGAGAAAUACCUGUGGAGAUAGGCAUGUUGACUGAGCUUAAAUACCUUGAUCUUAGAGAGAAUUCCUUAAACUCUUCAAUCCCUUCUGAGCUUGGUCUUUGUACCAACCUCGCCUACUUGGACCUGGCUUCCAAUUCCCUUGAAGGGAAAAUUCCAUCCUCUAUAGGCCAACUCAAAGAACUUCAGUACCUUGAGCUUAGAGAGAAUUCCUUAAACUCUUCAAUCCCUUCUGAGCUUGGUCUUUGUACCAACCUCACCUACUUGAACCUGAUUUCCAAUCACCUUGAGGGGAAAAUUCCACCUUCUAUAGGCCAACUGAGGGAACUUCAGUACCUUGAUCUUCACAUGAAUUCCCUAGACUCUUCAAUCCCUUCUGAGCUUGGUCUUUGUACCAACCUCACCUACUUGAACCUGAUUUCCAAUCACCUUGAGGGGAAAAUUCCACCUUCUAUAGGCCAACUGAGGGAACUUCAGUACCUUGAUCUUCACAUGAAUUCCCUAGACUCUUCAAUCCCUUCUGAGCUUGGUCUUUGUACCAACCUCACCUACUUGAACCUGAUUUCCAAUCACCUUGAGGGGAAAAUUCCACCUUCUAUAGGCCAACUGAGGGAACUUCAGUACCUUGAUCUUCACAUGAAUUCCCUAGACUCUUCAAUCCCUUCUGAGCUUGGUCUUUGUACCAACCUCACCUACUUGAACCUGAUUUCCAAUCACCUUGAGGGGAAAAUUCCACCUUCUAUAGGCCAACUGAGGGAACUUCAGUACCUUGAUCUUCACAUGAAUUCCCUAGACUCUUCAAUCCCUUCUGAGCUUGGUCUUUGUACCAACCUCACCUACUUGAACCUGGCUUCCAAUUCCCUUGAAGGGAAAAUUCCAUCCUCUAUAGGCCAACUCGGAGAGCUCCGGCACCUUGAUCUUCAAAACAAUUCCUUAAACUCUUCAAUCCCAUCUGAGCUUGGUCUUUGUACCAACCUCACCUACUUGGCCCUGACUUCCAAUAAACUCAGUGGGGAACUGCCUCUGUCCUUGUCCAAUCUGAACAACAUCACCCAUCUGAGUUUAUUUGCUAAUCGGUUUACCGGACCACUCUUGCCUUCUUUGCUCUCCAAUUGGACCAAAGUGGCCCAUUUGCUACUUCAACACAACAGCUUCAGUGGGAAUAUUCCACCAGAAAUAGGAAGAUUAUCAAAUUUGAUUGACUUGGAUCUUUCGAGAAACCAGUUCUCUGGGUCAAUUCCUCUAACACUAUGGAAACUUCGAAAUAUUCUGAGCUUAAAUCUUUCCUACAACAAUCUCAAUGGCCCAUUCCCGGAGAAUAUUGAUUUCCCAUUCCCGGAGAAUAUUGAUUUGUCUAAUAACAAUUUCACACAGGCAGAAGCUUUUUUAAGUUGGAAGAUCACCUUUGCUUCUGCACCACCUUCUCUCACUUCAUGGUCCCCCACUAACCUCAACAAUCUUUGCAACUGGACUGCCAUUGUUUGUGACCACAGCAGCAAACAAGUUUCCCAAAUUGACCUCUCCAACUUCAACAUCUCUGCAACACUAACCCGUUUCAGCUUCACCCCAUUUCUCAAUCUCACCCAAUUCAACCUAUCUGGCAACAAUUUCACAGGACCUAUACCAUCAGCCAUUGGCAACCUCUCCAAGCUCACAACUUUGGACUUGGGCCACAACUUAUUCAGUCAAGAAAUACCUGUGGAGAUAGGCAUGUUAACAGAGCUCAGGUAUCUGAGUUUCUACAACAACGGUCUUAGUGGUACUAUUCCCUAUCAGCUCAGCAAUCUCCAAAAGGUACAGUUUUUGAUUCUUGGAGCAAACUACUUAUUAGAAAAUCCUGACUGGUCUAAAUUUUCAGGCAUGCCUUCUUUGACAUACCUUGAUUUUUCUCUAAACAGUUUUAAUUCAGAAUUCCCAGAAUUUAUAUCUAAAUGUUUGAACUUGACAUUCCUUGACUUGUCUGGAAAUUUCUUUACUGGCCAAAUACCAGAACAAGUAUUUACCAAUCUGGGCAAGCUUGAAUAUCUCAAUCUCACCAACAACCAAUUCCAAGGACCACUGCCAUCAAACUUUCCCAAGCUUAAACACCUUCAUUUAGCACAAAACAACUUCGGUGGUGCUAUUCCUGAAGAUAUUGGUUUAAUAUCUGGUCUUCAGCGUAUUGACUUGGCUUGGAAUUCCCUUGAAGGGCCAAUUCCACCUUCUAUAGGCCAACUCAGAGAGCUUCAGUACCUUGAUCUUCACAAGAAUUCCUUAAACUCUUCAAUCCCAUCUGAGCUUGGUCUUUGUACCAGCCUCACCUACUUGGAUCUUUCGAGUAACCAGCUCUCUGGGUCAAUUCCUUUAACACUCAGCAAACUUCCAUUUAUUCAGAGCUUAAAUCUUUCUAACAAUCUCAAUGGCCCAUUCCCGCUCAUGAAGAAUUUUGAUUUGUCUAAUAACAAUUUCACAUGGGAAUUCCAAAAAGACCCCGACAAUACUUUUGUUGGAAACUCUGGCUUGUGUGGAGAUGCCAGGGGACUAACUAGAGCGUGCAAUUCCAACAUAAAUAACAACAAAGUUAUAAUUGGUGUCCUUGUGCCUGUUUGUGGUUUAUUAGUGGUUGCAACUGCGAUUGCUCUGAUUCUUAUGUUCCAUAAGAAAACCAGGCGUGUUCUUAAGAAAGUCAAUAGUGCUCAAAACUUUGAGAAUUUUGAGUCAAUGAUAUUGCAAGAAGAAGUAAAAUUUACGUUUGGGGAAGUUGUAAAGGCCAUAGACAAUUUUCAUGAGAAGUACUGUAUUGGAACAGGAGGAUUUGGAAGAGUAUACAAGGCAGAGUUGCUAUCAGGUCAAGUUGUCGCAGUUAAGAGGCUUAACACGUCAGACUCUAACGACAUUCCAGCAAUCAAUCUCCAAAGUUUCGAGAAUGAAAUCCGAACUCUGACAAAUGUCAGGCAUAGGAAUAUCAUUCGGCUAUAUGGGUUCUGUUCAAGGAAGGGAUGCAUCUUCUUGCUCUAUGAAUAUUUAGAGAGAGGCAGCUUGGGAAAGGCAUUGUAUGGGGUUGAUGGGGUAACUGAACUUGGAUGGGCUACAAGGGUCAAAGUUGUGAAAGGAUUAGCUCAUGCACUUUCUUACUUGCACCAUGACUGCUCUCCACCAAUUGUGCACCGUGAUGUAACUGUGAACAAUGUAUUGCUCGAGUCAGAUUUCGAAGCCCGACUUUCUGAUUUUGGAACAGCAAGACUGAUUAGUGCCAAUUCAUCCAACUGGACCCAUAUUGUUGGCUCAUUUGGUUACAUGGCCCCAGAGCUUGCAUUGACAAUGCGAGUCACAGAUAAGUGUGAUGUGUACAGCUUUGGAGUGGUGGCACUGGAAGUGAUGAUGGGAAGGCACCCAGGGGAUCUGCUAGAAUCCCAGCUAUCAGAAUCAUCAAAAUCAAUGAAGGAGAACAAUACAGAGUUGCUUUUGAAGGAUUUGUUAGACCAAAGGCUGGAGGCUCCAAACAAUGAAUUGGCAAAGGCAGUGGUGCUUGUGAUGAGUUUAGCCUUGGGUUGUAUACGUACGCGUCCCGGGUCUCGACCUACAAUGCUUUAUGUAGCACAAAAACUAUCAGCUCAUAGUCUGCCUUCCCUUCCUGAACCAUUUGGCAUGCUAACCAUCAACAAGCUGAUGGGGAUAUAAAACUAGAAGGAAAAAAAAUAAAACUAGUUGGAAAGCUUUCUGUGUGUAAGAGAAAUUCUUAAUUAUACCAUGUAUGUUAACAUUAACAUCUGCACCGUCCAUUCUAAAAAAAUAAAAAUCUGCACCUUCCUAAUUA